AAAAACAAUUAGAACAUUUGGAAAAAACUACUGGCAAGAGUAAAGAGUUUUUUUGCCAAGAGGCUUUAAUUCAAUAUUUAGAGGAUGUAGAAGACCUUUACAUGGCUCUUAAAGCCAAAGAUAAAAAACUUUAUACUACCAAAGAACUUUUGGAUAGUCUAAAACCCAAAAAAGGAGUAACCACUUCUUCGGCUAAGUAA